AGGCGGGUCGCCGCAGCCGCAUGGGCGGUCCGGAGGGGCGGCGGGCGGCGGCGGAGCGGCAGGAGGAGGAGGAUGGGUGCGGAGCACUUUGUCGCGCAUGCCCACGUUUGGACGGGCGAGCUCGAUCACCCUCAUGCGGACGCCCUGGCAGCUGGUGGGCGGCUCUACCUUCCGUCGCAACACAGCGGACGCAGCCGCACUCACCGCGCUGCCCGGCCCGCAGCCCUCACCGCGACCCGCCAGCAUCACCAUGGCCAAUACCCGCAACCCACCCGCCACAGCCCCCGGCGGCGCUACCGGCGCCGCCCCCGCUAGCCCGCUCCCGUACGGAGGCUUGUCCGCCGCCGCCGCCGCCGAUGCCGCGACGUCCGGGAACGAGGGCCCGUACGACCGAGGCCUGCCGCAGGUGCACUCGCUGACGACGCAGGGCAGCAGCAAUGCGAACACGGCGCCGCCGCCGACGCCGAACUCACUGGUGCAAGCGGGCUUCGGCGGACCCAUGGGUCACCAGCAGCUGACGCGGGUAUCCCAGGAGUCCAGCAAGGCCGAGUCGGCAGAUGUGGUGGGCGCGAGCGGGCGGGGUGGAGUGCUGCCGCAGUCGCCUGCGCCGCGACGGAGCGGCGGAGGCGGCUGUUCGAAUUCCGAUGCCGACGCGGAUAGCUUGCCGUACGGGUCGCCUCGGGAGCCGCGUGUCGGUCACCUGCGCGAGGUGCCCACCGGCCCUCUCAGCCAGGCCUACCCCGCCACCCGCGCCACCAACGCGCUCAACGCCCUGGCUCGCGAGGCGGCGCAGCGGCGGGCCUCCAUGGCUCCUGCGGUGGGGGUGGUCAACAUGGGGGUGUUCGAGCUGAAUGCGGGAGGCAGUGUGGAGUACGUAAACCUCACGCAGGUGCUGGUUCCGGGCCUGGAGGAGCGCGCCCGUCUGGGCAAGCCGAUUGACGACAGCAAGCAGCUCACGCCCGGCUACUUCAACGCGCCCGCCUCCGCGGUGGCGCCGCUGGGCACUCUGCGCCCCGGCAGCCGGCAGCGCGCGGGCUUCCCGCUGGUGACGCUGGUGUUCUGCAGCAUGGAGAGGUACUCCGACAUGGUCGCAGUCAACCGCGACCUCUCGCUGGACGUCAUGGCCGCGUACAACGACUGCGUGCGGCGCAGCCUGCUGUCGUGCGGGGGCUACGAGUGCCAGGAGCAGGAGGGGAACUACAUGAUCGCCUUCUCCCGGCCCUCGGACGCGCUGGAGUGGUGCCUGAUGCUGCAGGAGCUGAUGAUGGAGGUUGCCUGGACCACCCCCAUGCUUGCGCUGCCCUCCAUGCACGAGGAGCUGCACCCGCUGAGCGGCGCGGUGCUGUUCCGCGGUCCGCGCAUCAAGGCGGGCGUGUACCAGGGGGUGCCCACCCGCGUGUCGCCGCACUCUACUACGGGGAGGGCGGACUACUUUGGUCCGCUGGUCAACCGCGCCGCCCGCUACUGCCACGCCGCGGCGCAGGGAGGCCAGGUCAUCGUGGCUCGUUCCCUGGUGGAGGACAUCCUUCGUGAGCUGCUGCGUGACGCCUUCCUGCCGGCGGAGACGCUGCCAGCGGAGGCGCUGCCCGUACGGCAGGUCGCCGCCGUCGACAACAGCGCUGUCGUACCGUCGCGCUGGUGCAUGCCGCAGGACGCCCGCGGGGGCGACGUGGGGAGCUGCGCGCUAGGUGGCGGCGGAGGCGGGGUGGCGUCCUCGGCGAUUGGGGCCGUGGGAACGGUGUGCGGGCCGGCUGGGUCGGCUACUGACCGGGUGGCGGAGGUGCUGGCGGAGCGGUCUUCGGGCGGGGGCGACGAUGGAGACCCCGACGGCCCCGCCUCCAUGCUAGGUUCCAUUGUGGUGAUGUCCGAGUAUCCCGGGAGCACGUACGGCGUGCAAGUGGGGCCGCAGACACGACCCGGCAGCGGAGGACCCAUGGGUCGGCCCAGGCCCCGGGUCGCCUUGGGCAGUAGCGACAGCGGCACCGCCGUUAGCGACCGAAACAACGGCACGCAAUUGUCCAUCACUCGCCAAUCUAGUACCACUUUUGAAGGCCUUAUGGCACAUGAUCAGCCGUAUCGAGGCGGCGGCGGCGGCGCGGGAAUCGACCCUGGUGAACCGGAGUCGGCGGCGUCAUCCCGCUCGCUUUCCUCCGCCGCCGCGUCGGCUGUGGCGGCGGCGGCGCGUGGCGCCACCGACAGCAGCUUCCCCGGCUUCACCGCUGUGGAGGUGCCGCUGUGCGACUUGGCCGGGUACGACAUCUCGCCCGCUUCCGUACCGCGUCGCAUGCGGCCCGCCGUCGAGGCUGCUCUUCAGGACUCCCGUCGCUCGGCCGCCAACAGGCGCCGGGACCAGCUGCAGAGCCAAAGCCACCUGGGCGCUGCCUACGCCAGCGCGCUUAUGUCCAGCCGUAACGUGUCGCGUACGGCAGCGGGAAUGGCGGUGGCGCUGGCGGCGCCGCCUCCGGCCGCCGGCGACCUGGCCAGCCCUAACGGCGCAGGCCGUGCCUCCGGCGUGCCCCCGCGUUCCCGGCUGACGUCAGCGACGGGCACUGCUGUGGCUAAUGCGGCCAACAUGCCGCUGCAGCCCGUGCCGCUGGCACUGGCGCUGCCGUCGGCGCUGAUGCGAGCUCCGCGGGGCUCGGAGCCGGCCUACCUAGAGCAGCAGCAUCACCCGCAGCAGCAGGAGAUCCGGGUCUCCUCCCGCAGACGUAUCGCCGGGACCUCGCGACAGGAGCUCCUGGGGCCUGCUCAAGAGGCCACAGCAAGCGGCAACACCGGAGCAGCUGGCAUGCGGGUGUUGAUGCCCAGCGCCAGUAUGGGUGCCGGCGGCUCCGCUGUUGCUGCUGCUGCUGCUGGCGCUGGAGGCCCAGUGCCACGGCUGUCUUCUAGCCCCUAUAAAGCGCUGCCACCGUCAACGCAGCCGGCCGCUGUGGCGUCCCCCCUGCCACUACAACCGAACCGCACCGGCGCACCCCAGCAACCCCCACACCAGCCGGCACCCUACCACCAGCUCCAGCAGCAAUACUACCAGGCCCAGCAACAGUACUACCAGCACCAACACCACUUCUACCAGCAGCAGCAACAGCACCUAAACCAGCAGCCCCAGCAGCAGUCGCCGCAACAGCCCACAACAAGGGCGUCAGGAGCCGUCCCCGCGGCAGCCCCCGGCACCGCCCCCGGCGCCGCCGCACCUGCCGUCCUGACUCGUCCCGGCAGCGGCGGCUCCUCCCCCUGGCUUCCAAUCAUCACCCGCCGCUCCUCCUCUAGGCGCAUGCAAGCCGGUUCCGCGCCACAUGCAGCCUCCUCGCAAGGCCUGCUGGGCCAGCUUCAACGCCCCUCACGGGACCCGGUGGGCCUGACCUCCGCCACGUCCUCCCAGCUGCAGCAGCCGCAAUCCUCGCUGCCGCACCCGCACCCGCCGGCCAUGGCCAUGCACAGCCUGGAGUCCGCCAUGUCACACGAACACAGCGCCGCAUUCAACGCGCUGUGGGACAUCGCAACAGACGACGGCAACGGAGGUGUCUGCUCGACGAGCCGCUUCGCAGCCGGCGAAGGCGACGCCGCCGCAGCUGCUGCUGCCAUGGCUGCUGCCGUAGGACUCCCGCCUCCGCCUCCUUCACCGCUGCCUGCUUCCCUGGCCAUGGCCACAUCUCAAGACACCAACGUGGCUACCAGCGGGCCUAUGGGGAUCCGGCCCAUGGAUCGCGCCCGGCUGCCGGCGGCGCUCCGAGGCGGCGCAGGUCCGCCUGCUCGGGCGCAGCACCGGGGCUCCUUCCUGAUGCUGGACAGCGCCCCCGGCUGUCUGCCGACGUUGCCGGAGUUCUGCAUCCGGCGGCGUGUCGGGGCGUUCCGUUGGCUGUGGGCGCAUGAGCUGGUGGUGGAGGACCUGGGGCUGUUCAGGUUCAAGGGCGUCGCUGGCAACCAUGCCAUCGUCUCCGUCUCCACCGCCUGCACCUCGGAACGCAAGCUGGGCUCGCGUGUGAAGAAGUCCAAGGGCGAGCGUGUGGAGCCGGGCAGGGGACUGCUCUACCGCAUUCUCCUGCAGGAGGCCGGCAGGACAGCCAUGCCACACCCAGCGACGUCCGUAGUGCCCCCCAGGCCUCCGACGCCUCCCAAUCAACGCGCUUCCCCUAGACCCAUUCCUUCGCGACCCACGGGUCAACCUGCCCGCAUGCCGCCUGCGCGCACCCCGAGCCACCUGUCCGAAGCCAGUCGCUGCAGCUCUGCGGGCUCUCCUUCGCACUCCUCCAACACCAUCACAACCGCAACCACCGGGCGCGGGGGCAGCCGCCACCCCGCCGUCCUGCGCUCACUUUCCCAGUCGCGCUUGAAGUCCCCCUCCCUGCGCCCCUCCCGCUCGCCGCCGUCCCCCCUAGCCACCACGCGCUUCCGCCCGCCUCGCGCUGACCCUCAACUGCACCUAACCUCCUCCCCCCUCUGGCUGCCCUCCUCCGAACCGGCUCAGCCCGCGGAUAUGGGGCUCCCAGCGUCUCCGGACGGCGGCGGCAUGUACCAGGCUGCGUACGCUUCGGAAGGAGGCGGACAGCACACCAUGUCCGGCGCUGCGCCGUCGCCGCCCGCGGGGACGGGGACGACAGCGGCGGCGCCCGCAUCCGCGCCGGCGCCAGUACUACCGCCCCGGGCCGCCUCAGGCCCACUGGACAGCCCGCCAGUGCAUGUAUUGCGGCCACCGCCCUCGCCGCCGCCCCAGCCGGCGCAGUCAGCUGCUGCGUUGCAGCCUCUGCAAGAGGAUGCGGCGCAGUCGGGCAGCGGGACCAAAGCAUUGAGCCGGGUGAAUGCUCGUAGCGGCGGGCCGGCAUCGGAGCCGCCGGCUGCUCCGUCGCCGUCAGCAAUGGCGCCGGCGGCGAAUGGCGAUGCAGAGGACGAGGAGGCGGUGGCGGCGGCGCCGGUGCCGCUGCCUUCGGAGCUGGGUUCAAGGGCCCCUGCGGCUCCCAGCAACUGAGAGGGCUGCAGCUUGCAUGCAGUGGCAGCCACCUGCAGUGCGGUGCUGUGGUUCCCCUCACACUGGGUGCCGUACGUGUUGCUUUCCACUGUGUGCAAGCGUGUGUGGAAUUGAGGAGGAGGACCAGCAAGAGGAUCAGGCAGCACAGGCAGGGGGUGCGGUGUGGGUAUAGCCCUCACAGCGGCAAUGCCUGCUUGUGGGGCCGCUAUGGAUGCGUUGAGGAUGCAUGGUGGAUUGGAUUGGACUGGAAGAUAGCACUGGUUGGGCGCUGCUGCGGUGUGAGGCUGACCCUGGGUCAGUGAGGAUUGAAGAGGACAGGGGGGCAGUGCAACUGCUUUCCGCGCUCGGAGGGGCUGUUGUUCAUGUCAGUGGUGGCUCUUGUGCUGACUUGAAGCAGCGCUGUGUUAUGGGCCAGUGGCGGUGGGAAUUGGAGCGGAGGCGAGCGCAGGUGAGGCGGGUGUACCUUGUGCGAGGGAGCUCUGCCCUGAUGAGAUGACUGAUGGAACGAACUGGUGGACACUGCUUGCCGGCCGGUGCGUGGGUGUGGUGUGCGCGCAUGGUCCAAGGAAGAAUACCCAGCAAUGCACUGGAAUUACGAUCCCCGCGUCUGAUGGUGUGGUGUCGGGGUCGGCGAAGAGGGUUCUUGCUUCGUGAAUCUUAAUGAUCGGAGUUGAGAGGAAGAGGAAGCGAAGGAGGCAAAGGAGGAGCGCAGUUGCCGGCGCAGGCGCACCGACCCGGCGGGCUGGUCGGUCUAGGCGCAUGCGUGUGCGAGCGGCGAAGUAUCGCUUGAGCUGCUGGACGCAUGCUGGGUCUGUUUUGGAGAGAGGUGAGGCAGCGGCGAUACGAGUAUUGAGUUGAUGGUAGGGGUGGAGAGCCGCUGUUGUGGUGUUCAACUCAUCGGAUGUCGUGAGGUGGGCGCAACGGAUAAGCGGACGCGUGCGUGCGCGAUGUGCCUGAAUGCGUGCGUUGGGCACCUGAUGGCAGCUGGUUGUGCGGAAACGGUGCGCAGCAUGUAAAGGGCCCGGCAAAGUGCGGAGGCGGAGAUAAGAUGGCGCCUGUCCGGGAUCCGACGGUUUGCUGCAGGCGAUGUGAACUGUAUUGAUUGGGAUGUUGUGGCGAGGAGUGCAGAAGGCGAGGGCUGUGGGAAAGUCUGGAUCCUCAGGGCCCUCCAAAGCCUUGCAGCCGUCAUCGCUAUUGGGUUGCAUUUGGCCCGAUGUGCACAUGUGUCUUUCGUGUGUUCGUUUGGUGCCGCCGCGUGGCUGCACCGACCGUGUAGUAUGUGUUUUAUGUGUUAUGUGUGGGCGUGGGUGGUGUGUGCGCGACUGUGGGUGACCUUGGCAUGCUCUACUAUGGGCUUUCUACUGCUUGAGAUGGAUGCGGUGGAAAGGGAACCGGUGUGUUCGACUGCUGAUGAUAGUCCUUCUACCCCGGUGGCACAGUGAGCCUCGAGACCACCACCCUCCUACAUGGCGUGCGUGCACAACUGCUCAAGAGGACGCGGGUGCUGUUCUUUGCGAUGUCACAUUCGGGGCUGUGAAGGAGGGCCGUGUCUGCUGGUGUGGUCCGGCGACUUCGGGCCGUCGGAGCUGCCCGCAUGAUACCACAUUAGGCAGCGCAUGCCAGGCUGCGAGAGGUGUGGGAGGAGAGGGAGGCGUAGGAGGAGGAGGAGGAGGAGUGAUGGGGCCGUGGAGGACACUUGGUCGUCUUUGAAUUAGAUACAGUACGUGGGUGUUAGGCAGACGUUUAGGAGUGCGCAUUACUAGGAACUGGAAUACCAUUGUGUUGCGUGGCUUUUCACAAGGAUGUAGGCUGUUGCAACAUGUAUUAGCAACAGAAACUGGCCAACAGUUAGUUUCGAGUGUGACACGGUCUUUGUUGCCGCCAUGUGUUCUGCUGCUGUGGCAGUUGCGCGGUGUCUGGUCUUCAGUUCAGGUUCUGUUCGAGAAUUGCUAUUGCGCCGCCUUCCCCGGCGCAUCGCCGCUUACUAGCUGCGCGGCUGGUCUGCUGCCCUUUACAUAGAAGCCGUUCCUACUUAAGGGAUGCAAUAAAUCUCUGUUUUGUUGGCUGUGCUGUGUGCCGUGUUCCUUCCUUUGUUUCCUUGUUCUCGGCUGGGACGGGCGAACCGAGUGAGGUCAGAGUUGUUGUGGCGUGGGACGUUGAAUUCAGAUUCGAGCUAGGGGGUUGCGUGUGCGGUUUAGUGAGGCGGCGAGGAUUCAUACAUACCCGGGCCGCUGCUUUCCUAGUUACAUAAAGGCAUGGCACGACUUUGGGACCCUCUUUUGUACAGGCUGGGACAGUUACUUUUUGGCACUGCCAUUCCUGUGCUGUUUUGUUUCGUGUACCUGUCACUUGCCCGUGCGACUAACGGUCAUUACAGCUUCUAUCGGCUGCUGGCACACAACGACAGCUUUAGGGGCUCAAUGGCUGAUCCUUCUUGUGAAACGGCUUGCGAAGAAUAGAUCCAAUUUUUUCAAAGGCGUGUGAUGGAUUCGAAGGCGGGAAGGGUACAUUUCAUGUAUGUUUUUUUCUUGGACGGGGGUACGAUUACACGACCUGUAAUCGCAGCGCACG